CGGGUGGUUUCCAAACUGGUCGCAGGAAUUAGGCGUUUGUCCUUGUCUCGCAAGUGGCGUGGGCUGGCUGAAGCCGGUAGUUGAGGUGCCGAGGGCGGCUGUAGUGGGAGUGUUGGAGCAUCCGCUUGGUUGAAGUUGAAGCUUGCUGUUGAAGAUGGCAGACCCAGAUGUCCUCACCGAGGUUCCAGCAGCAUUGAAACGGCUAGCCAAGUAUGUCAUCCGGGGCUUCUACGGCAUUGAGCACGUGUUGGCCUUGGACAUCUUGAUCCGCAACCCCUGUGUGAAAGAAGAGGACAUGCUGGAGCUGCUCAAGUUCGAUCGGAAGCAGCUUCGGUCUGUUUUGAAUAACUUGAAGGGAGACAAGUUCAUCAAGUGCAGAAUGAGGGUAGAGACGGCCGCAGACGGGAAAACCACGCGCCAUAACUACUACUUCAUCAACUACCGCACUCUUGUUAAUGUCGUCAAGUACAAACUGGACCACAUGAGGAGGAGGAUUGAGACGGAUGAGAGAAAUUCCACCAAUCGGGCCUCCUUCAAAUGUCCUGUCUGUUGCAGUACUUUCACGGACCUAGAAGCUAAUCAGCUGUUUGACCCUAUGACAGGAACUUUCCGCUGUACCUUUUGCCACACAGAGGUAGAAGAAGACGAAUCAGCAAUGCCCAAGAAAGAUGCUCGCACACUUUUGGCAAGAUUUAAUGAACAAAUUGAGCCCAUUUAUGCAUUGCUUCGGGAGACAGAGGAUGUAAACUUGGCCUAUGAGAUACUUGAACCGGAACCCACAGAAAUCCCGGCCCUGAAGCAGAGCAAGGACCGAGCAGCCAGUACUGCUGGGGCUGCCGGCCUGGCAGGCGGGCACCACCGGGAAGCAUGGACCAGCAAAGGCCCCUCUUAUGAGGACUUAUAUACUCAGAAUGUGGUCAUUAACAUGGAUGACCAAGAUGAUGUUCAUCGCACCUCGCUGGAGGGGAAAUCUGCCAAAGAGAGGCCCAUUUGGUUGAGAGAGAGCACUGUCCAAGGGGCCUAUGGUUCUGAAGAGAUGAAGGAAGGUGGCAUCGAUGUGGACACAUUUCAGGAGCAUGAGGAAGCCCACGCAGGGCCUGAUGACAAUGAGGAGGUCAUGCGAGCUCUACUCAUUCAUGAGAAAAAGACUUCCUCGGCGACAGCCUGCUCGGUGGGAGCAUCCGCGCCAGUGACUGGUGCCAAUGGCAGUGACUCGGAGAGCGAGACCAGUGAGUCGGAUGACGACUCCCCGCCCCGGCCAGCAGCUGUGGCUCCCCAUCAUCGGGAUGAGGACGAGGAAGACGACGAGUUUGAGGAAGUAGCUGAUGACCCCAUUGUUAUGGUGGCUGGCUGUCCAUUCUCCUACAGUGAAGUUAGCCAGCGUCCAGAUCUGGUAGCCCAGAUGACGCCAGAGGAAAAGGAGGCAUACAUAGCUAUGGGUCAGCGGAUGUUUGAGGACCUCUUUGAGUGAGCUUUCCUGCUCAUUUCAGAGAGAAACUCCCCACAAGUGCUUAAGUGGCUUCCUGCCCUCCUGGUGUAAAGCGCCUGUUAAUCUAGUUAGUACAAAAGCAUAACAGGAGAGAAAGGUUGAUUUUUUAGUUUUUCUAAAUGUCAGAAACUUCCAAGACAGGUAGGUGGGCUAUGAGUAUUCCCUUCCCUCUUAUUACUCAAGUAUUAAUAUUUUUCCGUAAUUCCUUAUCUUCAUUUUUAGGACAUAUUUUUCUCACUCAGACUAAAAUGUUCCUGUCUACCUACAGACCCCUCUUAGGAUAAUCUUAUCCUAAUAUAACUGUUUCCUGGUCAAGCAUUUGAAACAAUUCCUUGUAGUUCUGCAACCAAAGCAGCUUACCAAGAAAAGAUUGCUGCUUAGGGGAACCCCAAAUACUUCAUAUUUCCUCCAAUUUGAGUUUGGGGUCAACCUGUAAAAGGGGUGAGAGAGUACAGAAGAGAGAAAGAGAAGUUAGAGGAGAGAACGCACACAUGUCCAGGGUUACAGAGAACAGCAGGUAGCCAUGCUCUCCUGGAGAAGUCAGAGGAGAGCGUGCACACACAAGGGUAAGGAGGCUGUGUCCAGGAUUGAAGAACUGAGAGCGUGCACACACAAGGGUAAGGAGGCUGUGUCCAGGACUGAAGAACUGAGAGCGUGGGGCAGCGCCUUACAACUGCUCCAGUAUGAUUUGUACUUCUCCAUGUUUAGCUGAGCCUGGUCUCACUUCCCUCCUGUUCUCUAGGCCUUUGCCAGUGCUCUUAAUUAGGGAGCUGUUCCAGUAGAAAGUAGUAGAAUGGCUGAUUACUCCGCCCUCCCUCACUCUUCUCUGCACCAUCAAAGCCUGUGUCUCUCCUCUGAGUCUUAGAGACAUCCUAGUGCUGCCCCUGUGCCACUGAGCAGUGUGACCUCAAGGAACAUAGGCCUGUUGGCGUGGGGUCAUUCCUCAAGGCAGAACUUCCAAAGUAAAGGACUCUCAUAAGGUCUACAACAGUUACAUCUUAUAGUAUUUCCCCUUGCGUUGUGACUUUUAAUUAUUGUUUUGUAGUAUAUGUGUGAAGCAAAGAGCAUUUUAGACUAUCUGAGCCUUGUAUAAAGUGAUGAUUCAUUUACCUGGUUGUUGGAUGACUGAAUAUUGAGUCGACUUAUUAUUAUUGUUUAAAAUUUGUUCAUUUCUAGCUCUGACAUUUUGGAACAUAGCUAGAAUGACUCCUCUUCCCAUUUAAAGAUGUCAGAGGCUUCUGGCCAUCAUCUAAUAUCAUAGGUGCGAUUGGAUGCUAUUGCAACUCUUUUGGAAGGGGGCAGUGAAUUGCCUUAAAAUACCUUUUAUGUAUUUAUCUUAAAGACACAAAACUGUUCAACUUUUAAAUUUUGUUUUUUUAAGCUUUCAUGGUUCUAGAAAUGUUUAUUUUUAAACCAUGAUUAAUGUUGAAACUGUGUUCUUUGUUGCAUUUUAUAUGAGUAUGUGUAUGAGUGUGCUUUUCUAUUGUGGAAAAUGUAUUAAUAAAGGCACUGAUUAAAGCAGUGUUCGAAUUAGACUGGA